AUGGACCCCAACUGCUCCUGCACCACUGAUAUAGGUGGGUCCUGCAGCUGUGCUAGCUCCUGUAAAUGCAAAGAGUGCACAUGCACCACCUGUUCCCUGGGCUGCUGCUCCUGCUGCCCCAUGGGCUGUGCCAAGUGUGCCCAGGGCUGCAUCUGCAAAGGGGCGUCGGACAAGUGCAGCUGCUGUGCCUGA